CGUGGUGGUACGACCUGACGGAAGCAUCGUUCGCGAUUUUGAUUGGUCAUCCAUUAUAUCCCGAACUGAAUCCAUAAGCAGUAGCAGCAGCAGUCACUACUAAUGUUUGUACUAUUGAGGUUCACCGUAACUGUUACACAUAUAUUUAAGGUGUGUGUCAGCUGAAGAAUGAGUCGCUUUCUGAAUGUGUUGAGGAGUUGGCUGCUGAUGGUGUCCGUGAUCGCGAUGGGAAACACCGUGCAGAGCUUCAGAGAUCACAGCUUCCUAUCAGAGAAACUCUACACGGGGACACCGGAUUAUGUAAAUGGACUUCAGGCGAGAACAUUUGGGAUAUGGACCCUUCUGUCUUCUAUCAUACGCUGUGCCUGUGCUAUAGACAUUCAGAACAGAACGCUUUAUCAUGUCACCUUGUGGACAUUUGUUCUGGCACUUGGGCAUUUCUUGUCAGAGGCGUUCAUUUAUAAAACUGCUCCUUUGACUAUUGGUGUCAUGGCUCCUCUGAUUGUAGCAGGUUUCUCUAUUGUGGCUAUGUUAAUUGGGUUUCAGUGUAUUGUUGAACCGCAGGAAAACGUUGGAGCUCGACAUAAGAAGAGAAACUGAAGAAACGUCUGUGUCCGCUUCAGUAACAUUCACAUCAUGACCUUUGAAGCCCUGCAGGUGCUGACAUGUGAACCUUAAAGGGUUUGGACUGUAAUCGAAUGUGAAGUCCUGUUGUAGGUGGGUUGCUGACUGUUAACAGGACCCACUAAUUGUUGUUCAUGUGGUCUUUGAUGAUGUCAUUGGUUGACAAUCACUAAACAUAUAAGGCCCAAAACUACCAACAGUUUUAAUCAUUUAAAUAUGUUUAUAUGAAUUUGUAUGAUAUUAGCUGUGUACAGAUCAUUCUCAUACUUUUGUUAUUCAGGGAUGCUUUUUAACUUAUGAAUGCUGAAAUCUUUCCCUUCACUGAUCCUCCAUUGUAUAAAAUUAAAUGACCGCUUCUGUGUAUUUAUUACAACAGUUUUAAUAUAUUUACAUAUCAAGUUUUUAAGCAUCUGCCUUUAGGAUUUCAUGAUCAUCAAAGUCAAGUGCGUUCAGAUAUAUUUAAAUAAAUGUCAUCAUGUUCUUGCAUGAAAGAUUUUAGCUAAACAUACAGUAUUAUAAUGCCCAAAUAAAAUAAAAUAAUGAAAUUAUCAAAAAAUAAUGUAAAAUAUUGAUUUAAAUGAUUUUUUAUAAUUGAUAAAAUACUUAACAUAACAUAUUGUAAUGAAAUUAGCAAUUAUCUAUAGCAUGAAUGUUUAUUAUUGGUUGCUUAAACUAUUGGUUGUAAAUUGAACACUAACUUACACUUGCUUAGUGGCUAACAAGUUUUGCAAGAGCUUAUUUGAGGGACAAUCACAGUUUUAUAA